AUGUCUGAAGAUAAUAUUCAAACAAUUGAGUCAAAUUUUGCGGAUCAUCUCGCAUCUUCCGAUCGUCCCGACGAGAUCCUCUCUUCCGAGCUUUAUAAGCUCCGAGGGCUAAUGAAACCACAAUCCGGAAAGAAAUUUGCUGACAUUCCCCGUAUGUCUACCGCUUAUUAUCCUCGUCCCACUCCUCAAGAUGUUCUGAUCGAAGAAAGGGAUUGGAAUCAAACAAACACUUCGUAUAGUGGGUUCACUGGCCAACUCCGUGGCUGGUGGGAUAAUUUCCUAGAUGACACUAAACGCGCCGCCAUUUUUGAUGCCACCAAUGAAAAGGAAGGCAAAGAUAAUCUUGGUCGCACUCUUGCGGCAGGACGGUCUGAUGCCGUUUAUACCCUCAUGCUGACUAUUAUUGAACACUUCGGCGGAAGAUUCACUAACCAUCAUGAAAAUAUUCGCACUCUUCUUAAUGGUUUGAAAUGCCGCCAUCUUGGCGAAUUUCGUUGGUAUAAAGAUACCUUUCUUAGCCGGGUUAUGGAUUUACCCGAAAGCAGAUACGAACACUGGAAAGCAAAAUUCAUUGAUGGUCUUCCUCCCCUUUUUGCUGAACGUGUUCGCAAAACUCUUCGCGGAUCUUAUGGCGAAAUCCCCUACGCUGACAAAACUUAUGGUCAAUUGAUCGUAGCCUGUACUCAAGAAGGGUUAGCCCUUUGCAACGAGUUAAAACUGGCUAGACAGAUCAAAGUUGAUAAACUUCGAGAAAAAGCUCAACUGGGUGAUUUCUGCGAACAAUUUGGCAUGGAAAAACCAUUAAUCCGAAAAACCUACAAAUCUUCCAAAUAUCAAUCUAAACGUCCUCAACGACGUGAUAAGGAACAGCGAGAAACUCGUAAAUCCUUCCGAAAAUCUACCCGAUUUGCUAAAAACCGUUCAAAACGCGACUUAGCAAAAAUUAAAUGCUACAAGUGCAAUCAAUACGGUCAUAUUUCUCCAAAUUGCAAAUUACAAAGAUUAAAAACUCUGAAUCUUUCUGAUGACAUUCAGAAUCAAGUCUAUAAUUUAUUAUACACUUCUGUCGAAGUUGAAAAACUAAAACGGGAAAUCAUUUCUUUAAAACAAAAUCAGCUAAUUACUGAUCAUCGCAUUUCGAAACUUGAAGAAACAGAUUAUUCUUUACCUUCUUCAGGUCACAGGCCAAAAGAGCCAAAUGAAAAGCGGCAUAUUGUUUCGCUUCCUUAUGAGGACGGCUUCACUGAAGAAAGAAUUCCAACAAAAUCUCGACCCUGUCAGAUGAAUGCAGAAUUAGUUGAAUUCUGCAAAAGAGAGAUUGAUCAUCUCCUACAAAAGGGUCUCAUUAAACCCUCAAAAUCCCCUUGGUCUUGUACCGCCUUCUAUGUUAAUAAUGCUGCCGAAAAGGAAAGAGGUACACCUCGGUUAGUCAUCAAUUAUAAACCUCUUAACAAAGUUUUAAAAUGGAUUCGCUAUCCCAUUCCAAAUAAAAAGGAUUUACUUUCCCGACUUUAUGACGCCAACAUAUUUUCCAAAUUUGAUCUAAAAUCAGGAUAUUGGCAAAUUCAAAUUGAUAAAACUCAUACUUACAAAACCGCAUUUAAUGUUCCAUUUGGACAAUAUGAAUGGAACGUUAUGCCUUUCGGUUUAAAAAACGCCCCUUCUGAAUUUCAGAAAAUUAUGAAUGAUAUUUUUAAUCCAUACAUGGACUUCAUUGUUGUAUAUAUUGAUGAUAUUCUAGUGUUCUCCAAAACGCUUGAUAAUCAUUUUAAACAUCUGCAUAUAUUUAAACAAGUAAUCAUUCAAAAUGGCUUAGUUAUCUCCAAGCCAAAAAUGAGUUUAUUCCAGACUAAUAUUAGAUUCUUAGGUCAUAAUAUUUGCCAAGGUUCUAUUGAACCAAUCCAACGAGUCUUAGAAUUCGCUACAAAAUUCCCCGAUGAAAUUACAGAUAAAAAACAACUUCAAAGAUUCCUUGGUAGUCUCAAUUAUAUUUCUCCUUUUUAUAAAAACUUGUCUAGAGACUUGGCUCCUCUGUAUGACAGAUUGAAAAAGGAUUAG